AUGCUGGUUCCCAGCCCUGAGGUGAUGUACUGGAAGGAGGAGCGUAUGAGUCCACCCUCGUGUUUAAUGGAGCACCUGGACCACCUUUUGUUCACCAUGAAGAGCACUGAGGACAGUGUGGCCUUUUAUUCCAAAGUCCUGGACAGGAGCGUGACUUUCAAGGGUAAUUGCAAAGCUUUACAUUUUGGCAACCAGAAGUUUAACCUGCAUGAGGCUGGGAAGGAGUUUGAACCCGAGGCUUGGUGCCCAGUCCCUGGCUCUGCAGAUAUCUGCCUUACCACACAGGUGCUGCUGGAUCAUCCGAAGGGGGGGAAGACAUAGAGUGUCCACAGGGCAGCCUGUGGGGUGAUUACUGAAGAAGAUCCUGUGGCCAGAACUGGUGCUGUGGGUCUAGACCCCAAUGAGAACCUGAUCGAGGUUUCCAGGUACAGCACAGGCGUGACUGCAGUCAAUGGAGGGGAACCCCAAACACAACCCAUACUCUGCCUGUGCCCCAGCAGGAGAAAGGAGGCAGAGGCCAGGCUUUUGAUGGCCAUUUUCAGGUUCAAGCUUUUAUUUUGCAAACCUAGGACAAGUCUCAAAUCCCAGCCAUAA